AUGUACAGUUUCACAGACUUUCCAUUAAGAAAAAGUGAUCAGCUAACUGAUAACAUUGCUGAGAAAAGUGAUAAGCGUUUUUCUCGUCCGAAUAUAUUGCAACUUCCAAGCAGAGAAGAACUUUCAGAUGAGUGGUACGAAAUGGGAACAACAACAACACCAUCUAAUGAUGGAGCCGGUGGAACUGACUGUAAGACAGAAAAUGAGAUUACCAGUACGUCUACGACUGCAGUGAACGAAAUUAGUGGUAUGGAUCAAAUGGAUUUAGAACCUGAUCACGCUGCAGAAAUUGAAGCUUUGGAGCAGUCUCUAACUGCUUUGCUUGAUGAUUUCCGAUCCGGAAGAAUGUGUGCCUGUAAAUUAGUUUUGGGUGAAGAACGAUUGAAAAUGAUGAGGGAAGCACGACAAGAGAUGGAAGAUUUAACCGCAUUUCACGUCAAGUUGCACAAAAUUCAAGCACCAAGUUUUUCCACUUUGAGUGACAGUGGUGGACUUGAUGAGCAGUAUGAUCUGCUUUUCCGGAAACUUGAUAAUUUACAUGGUUUUCUGUAA